CAUGCUGCAGUGGCUCCUAACCAUCUUGUCACAAAACUUACCAGAUCUGAUUUCAAAGCAAGAGAGGAAUGGCUACCCAAUUUGCUGCCUUGUCUAUGACGCAACCUUGACAUGGGCUCUAGACAUAGCCAAGGGCUAGGCAUUGCUGGGGCUUCAUUUUUCACUCAGGCUUGUGCUGUUGGAACUGUGUACUAUAAUGUGCAACAAAAGUUGCUUAGGGUUCCUCUAGAAGAGGAUCGAGUUUUGCUACCUGGGUUGCCUCUGCUUGUGCCUCAUGAUCUGCCCUCUUUCAUCAAUCAUCCAGGGUCCUACCCAUCCUUGUUUAAGAUGGUAGUUGGCAGGUUUUCAAAUAUCACUGAUGCUGAUUGGAUCUUCUGCAACACUUUUGAUUGCUUGGAACCAGAGUUUCAGCAAGAGAGAAGAAGAGCAUUUCAUCACUCUGUCUUUCUUCAUUCUUCUAUUUCUUCUCUUCAACAUUUCAUAUCCCAGCAAGAAUACAAAAACACCAACAAUUUAAACAGCAGUAGCACAAUACAGGUAGAUCGAGUUCUGUGUACAAAGAAAAUGGAGAAAGCAAAACAAAGAGCAAAUGGAACCCAUAUACUUGUGGUUCCUCUUCCUGUCCCAGGCCACAUAAACCCAAUGCUCCAAUUCUCAAAACGCUUAGCAUCCAAAGGUUUAAGGGUGACACUAGUCACCAUCUCCUCUAAGACUCAUGAGCCCAUAGAAACCCAGUUGAGUAUGGUAAAUAUUGAGCCAAUUUAUGCCACAUAUGAAGGAGCAGGCAAGAUUGAUUUAGAGAGCAAGCUGCAGUGGCUCCUAACCAUCUUGUCACAAAACUUACCAGAUCUGAUUUCAAAGCAAGAGAGGAAUGGCUACCCAAUUUGCUGCCUUGUCUAUGACGCAAGCUUGACAUGGGCUCUACACAUAGCCAAAGGGCUAGGCAUUGCUGGGGCUUCAUUUUUCACUCAGGCUUGUGCUGUUGGAACUGUGUACUAUAAUGUGCAACAAAAGUUGCUUAGGGUUCCUCUAGAAGAGGAUCGAGUUUUGCUACCUGGGUUGCCUCUGCUUGAGCCUCAUGAUCUGCCCUCUUUGAUCAAUCAUCCAGGGUCCUACCCAUCCGUGUUUAAGAUGGUAGUUGGCAGGUUUUCAAAUAUCACUGAUGCUGAUUGGAUCUUCUGCAACACUUUUGAUUGCUUGGAACCAGAGGUGGUGAGCUGGAUGAGAACAAAAUGGCCAAUCAAGACAAUAGGGCCAACCCUUCCAUCAAUGUACCUAGAAAAAAGGUUGGAAGAUGACAGAGACUAUGGCAUCAACUUUUUCAAACCCAACAAUGACACUUGCAUCAAGUGGCUAGAUUCGAAGGAAGCAUGUACAGUUGUCUAUGUAUCAUUUGGAAGCAUUGCUAAUCUAGGAGAAAAGCAGAUGGAGGAGCUAGCACUGGGCCUAAAAAGGAGCAAAACCAGCUUCCUGUGGGUAGUAAGAGAAUCAGAAAUUCAAAAGCUUCCAAGCAAUUUUGAAGAGCAAACAUCAGAGAAGGGUUUGGUUGUGAAUUGGUGCCCUCAAUUGCAAGUUUUGGCUCACAGGGCCAUUGGUUGUUUCAUGACACAUUGUGGGUGGAACUCUACACUUGAGGCAUUAAGCUUAGGGAUCCCAAUGGUGGCAAUGCCACAGUGGACUGACCAAUUGACAAAUGCCAAGUUUGUGGAAGAUGAAUGGAAAGUUGGAGUGAGGGUCAAGGUUGAUCAGAUGGGAAUUGUCACUAAAGAAGAAAUAGAAAGAUGCAUAGCACAAGUCAUGGAAGGAGAGAGGGGGAAUGAGUUUAAAAGGAAUUCAAUGAGAUGGAGAGAAUUGGCUAAGGAGGCUGCAGAUGAAGGUGGAAGCUCUGAUAAGAAUAUUGAGGAAUUUGUAGCAGCUCUCUUAUGCAAAUAGAAAUAGGUUUGUGUGAGUAAUUAAUGUUUAUGUUUGUCAAACUAACUGCACAUUUAAAUAAGAGUCUACUAUUUUACCUCACGAUUAAGUUUUGUGCAAGUAAUUAAUGCUUAUGUUCGUCAAA